ACCAGAGAACUGGGCGAGUCCGGUGAAAGCCGAACAGCCGUGUACGUCGAAUCUCUGUAAAAUGAUGAAACUGCGCUGCAUGAAGAACGAGGAAUUUUAUGCCGAUCUCUGAAUAUAUUUGAAAACUUCCUUCAAAGAUAGUUGUAUAAGGUUGCUUAUACCAUCUCAAGGAACAGAGGAAGAGGACGCAGAUUGAGCAGCCAGCAGACAGACAUCGUAAGGAGAGCAGAAGGGGACCUACAGUCCUGCGUGGUGGAGACAAGAAAAGGCCCUUGAGGUUUGAAACCCCGUUCCGGAGGGCCAUCAUGGGGAAACAGAACAGCAAACUGCGGCCUGAAGUGCUGAACGACCUGCGCGAAAACACAGAGUUUUCCGACCAUGAGCUCCAGGAGUGGUACCGAGGCUUCCUCAAAGACUGCCCAACGGGCCACCUGACAGUCGACGGGUUCAAGAAGAUCUACGCCAACUUCUUCCCGUAUGGCGACGCUUCCAAGUUUGCUGAGCACGUCUUCCGGACGUUCGACACCAACGGCGAUGCCACCAUCGACUUCCGGGAAUUCAUCAUCGCGCUGAGUGUCACAUCGCGCGGCGACCUGGAGCAGAAGCUGCGCUGGGCCUUCAGCAUGUAUGACCUGGAUGGGAAUGGCUACAUCAGCCGGGCUGAGAUGCUGGAGAUCGUACAGGCGAUUUACAAGAUGGUGUCCUCAGUGAUGAAGAUGCCAGAAGAUGAGUCGACACCGGAGAAACGGACAGAUAAGAUCUUCAGACAGAUGGAUGUAGACAAUGAUGGCAAACUCUCUCUGGAGGAGUUCAUCAAAGGUGCCAAGAGUGACCCUUCCAUCGUCCGGCUCCUGCAAUCUGACCAGGGAACCUCUCGCUAGUUCUUAAGACAAAUGGACAGCCACACAGUCCUGAACACAGGAAAGCAGACAGAUGGACCCUGUAUCAUCCCCCAUCCAACACACACAGUUCACACGAGAAAGAGGUGGAAGAGGUUCAGUUGUCGUUACAACACCCAUUCCUUAUUCCAUGUAUUAGUUUACAUUAGCAGUAGUUCCCUAGCCUGAUCCCAGAUCUGUUUGCAUGGAGUUGACAAGACAGCACAAACAGAUCUGGGACCAGACUAGCAGUUUCCCAUAUCCCAAAUGCAGCGGUCUGAAAAAUGCUUCCUACAGCGAAUAAUGUUUUCCGUUAUGAAACAUCCCAUUCUGCAUCCACAGUACCACUGAUAAGACUCUUACAUUUCCUUGCAAAUGUUUAAAUGCUUAAGGUUUUAUUUUUUACUUGCCUUACUUCAGUCAAAGUGAAGUGCCAUAUCUUAAUAUUUGUACUGAAUGUAUUACACAUGGAUGUGUUACGGUAAGAAGAAAUCAACCAAAACUAAUAUUUUGUAUAUUAACUAUCCUGAGUCUCAUUGCAACCUUUACUGUAAAUGUAAUAUUAGCUAGGAACACAAGAGUUGUUCACAAUGUACAGGUAUUUUGAAAAUUUACUUUUUAUAGCCCCCAACUGUACAGGCAGUUCCAGUGUAUUAAAACCAGUAUCUUGUCAUCUUUUGCAGUCACUGGUUUGUUUAACUCCAGAGGAUAAACUAAUUUCCAAUAAGGAAACACUGGGGAUACGCACCCCGAAGACUACACUGCAAAUGGGUGUGUUGUUUUUAGCUUGCUCCACCAGAAGCAUCAGAAGACAAGAAAAAAAUAAACAUAAGCAACUAUCA